AUGUCUGAUUCAAAGGCCAUCGCCCCUGUGGCCGUGUCGGAUACGACGUCUGACCUGGACAAGAACUCCAAAGAGACGAGGCCAUUGAGCAUUACGGAGAUCCCUUCCGGCGAUGUGAAGGCCUCCUCGUGGUGGAGAAAGAUACUCGGAUACGUCUGGGAUUCCGUCGAAGGAGACCCGGAGUACCGCGCAUAUGUCCAAAGACUUGACCUCUUCUUCUUUCCAACAGUCUGUUUCGGGUACUUCAUCAAGUACCUCGACCAAACGAACUACAGCAAUGCCUUCGUCAGCGGUAUGCAACAAGACCUCGGCCUCUACGGCAACGAGCGCAACUGGCUAAACACCUGGUUCAGCCUCGGUAUCAUGGUCGGCAGCGUCCCCGCCCAGAUGACCCAGCUCAGCUUCGUGCGCUCCUCCGUCCUGAUCCCGACGUGCGAGGUCGUCUGGUCCCUGCUCGUCAUCGGCAUGGGCUUCGCCAAGAACAUCCAGACCAUGUACGCCCUGCGCUUCUUCAUAGGACUCUUUGAGGCGUGCGCCUUCCCGGGCUACAUCUCCAUGCUCGGGGGCUGGUACGGGCCGAAGGAGCUGACGAAGCGGCUGGCCAUUCUGCUGCAGGUUGAAUCUAUCGCCAGCAUGUUCAGCGGGUAUCUGCAGGCGGGGCUGUACACCAGCAUGAACGGUCGUCAUGGUCUGGCAGGGUGGAGGUGGCUGUUCAUCAUGGAUGCCAUCAUCUCGCUUCCGAUCGCCAUCUGGGGAUUCUUUGGACUGCCUGAUCUGCCGCACAAUACCAAGGCCUUUUACUGGUCAGCCGAGGUACAUCCUCUUCAAUUUAACGUCAUCCCGGCUGUCGGUCCGAUGCUAACGGAACUGCAGCAUAUCAAAUACGGUGUAGAAAGAAUCGAGCGGUUCGGCCAAAGGGCCCAAGAAAAGUUGACAUGGAAGGAGGCCAAGCGCAUCUAUCUUGGCUGGGAGAUCUGGGUCUUUGUUGUGCCAUACACCAUGGUCGCUGCCUGCCACUCUGCGACGAGCUACUUCAACCUUUGGCUGAAGUCGGCGGGCUACUCGGUUGUGGAUGCGAAUAUCUAUCCAACCGGUGGAAGCGCUCUGAACAUUGUCGUUACCGUGAUCUGGGGCAUCAUCGUCGACCACACGGGGAAGAACUAUGUGAUGAUUGUCAUCGUACAGGCUUUCAUGAUCCUCUCUAACAUCCUGCUAUCCGUCUGGACCAUCCCCAAGGGGGCUCUCAUGUUUGCGUACUAUCUCUCAUACGCCGGCUCAGCUGCCACGCCAGUUCUCAUUAGCUGGGCGAACAGACUCAACGCCGGUGACCCCAGCAUCCGACAACUUUUGGUUGCCACAGCCAACGUAGUUUCUUACGCCUUUGUGCUUUGGGUGCCUUCCAAAAGCGAGCCCAGCAAGAACUUCAGGGUACAGAAGGGGGCCCAGUUGUUGAUAAUGAACGCUCAUCCCAUUGACCAUUGGGCCUUUGAGUACAAGAUGAGGGAUGACUAUAUCGCUUUUAGGCAUGAGAGGCAGAAGCAGAGUGUCAGGAAACAGAUAAGAACAUGGACAAGAGGAUAA